CCUGGGUCUAAUUCUUCCGCUUGUAUCUUUCGUUCUUUUCCUAUUUCUUUUCUUAUUUAUCUUCUUUCCCUCGAAUACCGCCUAUGCCGUCAUCUUAAUCCUCCGCGCUGCUGCCCAACAUGUCUGAUCUGGAGCACGCUGCUGAGCCAACGUGCUCGUCCUCGCCGCCGUCUGCUCAAACUUGGGAUGCUACACCGAUUAAUUAUGCCUUUCUGGUACACUCUCAGAAAACAUUGACCCAGAAUCUCCCGCCGCGGGUGGACAACAAAUUGCUGGCACGGCAAAAGCGGCGCCGCACAAGCCCAGAAGAUCACGCAAUCCUCGAGGCAGAAUAUCAACGAAACCCCAAGCCAGACAAGACGGCCCGAGCUAGUAUAGUCAGCCGCGUCUCAUUGGGCGAAAAGGAAGUGCAGAUCUGGUUCCAGAAUCGCCGUCAAAAUGACCGUCGCAAGUCCAAGCCUCUUCAACCACACGAGCUUCUCGCGCCUCGAUCAUCCGCGUCCGACGCGUCGAAACAUGCCGCCAGUGACGAUAGCCUCUCUUCGGAAAUGGUGCCUUCUAGCAGUCUCGAACAACCUGAGGAGAUUGGACAGGAGGGGAUCCCGUUAACACAAUCAUCGGACAACUCCUGCGAGUCUGAUGAAGCACUUGAGGAUAAGGGUGGCCUAGAACAACCGGCUUUCAGCUCUCAAACAAGCUUGGCUACGUCCGUAGCGCCAGAAGGUUCGCGACCAGUAUCGAAAGAGGCGACUGCGGCGCCAGAGUCAACUCAGACACAAGAUGUUCCAACAUUCGAUGAGUCGCAACAGACCAUGGUGAAAAGGAAACGAUCGGUCACGGAGGUUCAAUGUGACAAGCCGUUUGUGCAGGGUGCGUCGACACCGAGCCAAUUCCACGAUAUUCAGUCACCGCCUUCGCUGCGGCUAUCGCUCUCUUUCGAUGGGGAAGCCAUGGUCCGGAAAGAAGGCGAGUUCACACCCUCGCCUCCGAAAGGACGGAAUGCUCUUCGCAUCGCAAUGUCGUCCGACGGGAAAGCUGUGAUCAGAGCUGAUGGCGAGCCCUCUCCGUCGAGGAAUCGUAUCUCCAUGUUCUCGGCCCGGAAGCCUCCGUUCACAGGACUUCGCAGGAGCAGUAGUGCGGUGGCUUUCAGCACCCCGCGAGCCGGCAGCACGGAUGCAGAGAGGAUGUUUGGAAGAUCCAGAGAUCCCAGAAACUGGGAGGCCUUUUUCGAUACCGAUGCGAGAAGUGCCCUUUGCACGCCAAUGAGCUCACAAAGUGCUCCAGGUGCUGGCUCUCCUGGGCUCUUCCGAUCCCGGAGUCAGCGUUCCUUGACCAGAAGUCUGUCAGCAAAGCACAACAUGUCUCUGCCGAUGAAAUCAGCAGACUAUCUUAAUACCCCGGUUCCGAAACCCAACAGCGAGAAGAGACGGAAGAUCUCUCGCACUGUCUCGUCACUGGGUCGAUUAGAGUCUGAUCACAAGUUGUCUUACGCGGGAUCCAACCUGAAAGCCUAUAUGGAAGCGGUGAAAGACGGGGAAGUCGACUUGCAGUGCGGUGAUUCAGAUAAAGAAAACUGGAUCCCCGGGACGAGAGUUUCCCACAAUCGCCGUCGGGUUGCAUCUCAUCACAAUCCUCGACGUUCAGUGCUCAAGGACACUAGCGGAAGGGACGGCAAACCCCAUAAGAUCGUCAAUCCAGCUGGCAGAUAUGCUCGAGGUUCUCAACAAUCACAGCACAGAGCGAACAUGUCCAUCGGCAAGGACGUGCCGGAAUUGGACCCAGAGGUGUCCGCUUUCAUGAGUGGGGGAGGCGGCGCUAGUCAGGAGGAGGACCUUGACUGCAUCCAGGGACUAUUAUCCCUGAGCCAAGGUGCUUGGAGAUGAGCACUACUGUCUUCUCAUCUCUAUAAUGACCUCAUCUUUCUUAUCUCUUUUCUAUUCUCUUUUGUCUCAUAUCCCUCUUCCUUGAGUAGAUUCCUGUUGGAGAUUACAAGCCAGCAAGCGUUGUUUGCCUGUAUGAAUCGGAGUGAUGGUCAACUUGUAAUGAUUGGAUUGUGAUUGCUAUUUGCACUGCUUGUUUUAUUCCUUCCAGGCAAAUGCAAUCAAGGGCUC